GCGUCUGCGACCGUGGAGUUGCGACACCGGCGGCAGGAGUUACAGGCUGUGUGGGAGGUCGCAAGGAGGGCGGUGCAGAAGGAGCAUCGUCACGUCGUUGCAGGGAGACGAAGGCAGAAGUGGAAGGAGGUGUUGGCUGUGGCGCCGUCGGUCGAGGGGCGAGCCGAGGUGACUGAGGUGGCUGCUACACGACGGAGGACAAGAUUGGGAAUUUGGGAUUGUGUUUCUGCUCGACAGACACAUCGUUAGUUCUGGAGAUUAUUCAUUCUGUUGUUGUCCAUCUUGAAUGAGUGUUGUGUGUGCACGUAGAGUGUUUGAGGAAAUGUCCAUGAAGGCUGAUUCAUCUUCUAGAGGAUGCAGUGUGUGGUACUGCGACUAUUGUGGAAGACAUGGUCAUUUGAAGGCUUUAUGCUGGGAUCUUUAUAGCUGGUAUAAUGAUAAUGGAUGCAGCAGCAUGGUGAAUCAUAAUCAGCAACAAGAAAGUAUAAAGGAAAGGGAUGGUUGCUUCAGGUCAGGUUGUCCUAGACGUUGGGCUCAUGAGUACCCAUACUUUGACAAAGGUAGAGAUGAUGAGUACUUUCAGUAUGGAACUGGCUGUAGUAUGAUGUACAAAGAAAGGACAAAGAAAAGAGCACAUAUGUCUGUUAGCAAUGGAGCAUCACACACCGUGAAGGUUCAGAUGACAGUUGACGAGUUGCAGGAAUGGCACAGAUUUAAAGAAAUAAACAGUAGGCAUAUACCAACCACAGAGAUGUCUGUAGUGUCAGCUGAUGUCUGCAGUAAUAGUUCACAUCUUGCAAAGCAUAAAUAUAACUGUACUGCUGCACAAUGGCUAAUUGAUUCAGGGGCAUCCAACCACAUGGCUAAUUCUUACAAUGAAUUUUCUGAUUAUGCCCCGGAUUUUAAAAGGCAAAGUGUCAAGCUUGCUGAUGGGUCUACUCAAAGUGUGAUGGGAUCAGGGACAGUAAUGUGCAAUUCAAAUAUUACUCUGCCAUCAGUGAUGCAUGUUCCCUCAUUUCCGAUUAAGCUGUUAUCCGUUAGUUGCAUUACUUGUGAGCUUAAUUGUGCCGGCAUCUUUCUUCCAACUAGGUGCGUAUUUCAGGAGCUGGGAAGUGGAAGAAUAUUAGGAACAGGGACCAUGCGUGACGGUUUGUAUUACCUAGACAAGGAUGUAUCGCCCCUAGUUGCAGCUGUUCUAUCUUCUUCACCGCUGGAAGAAUUUCUACUGCAACAUCGCAGAUGCACAUAUGGGGACAGGGGGAGGAAAGGCAGAAGAAUACAAUGAUGCUGCUUCAAGAGGUGUGAUAAUUGGUGUGAUACAGAGUGAUAAUGUUCAAGAUGGUCGAGGAGUAGAAGUGGAUCAGGAACAGGGGGAGGAAGCAUUGAUAUCAUCCGACACACAUCAACAAGAACAAGAACCUGAACCUCAACAUCAACAAGAACCUGAACCUGAACCUCAGGUUCCUAAUCCAGUCCAAGAACCGACUGUUGCAUCCGAAAGUCCAGGUAAUGACAAUGAAGAAAUAGCAUGGUUAAAGAAGAUGCUAGCCAAAUCAUUUGAAGUCAAGGAUCUGGGGCAUCUACACUACUUCCUGGGUAUCGAAGUGGCCUAUGGAGCAAAAGGUAUAUUUCUAUCUCAGAGGAGAUAUGUGUUAGAAUUAUUGGCUGAAACUGGGAUGUUGGAAUGUAGAUCAGCACCUACUCCCGUUGAGCAGAAUUUAAAAAUUAUGGAAGCAGCAGGAGGUCCAGUAGACAAGCAUCAAUAUCAAAGGUUAGUUGGUCGAUUAAUAUACUUGUCACAUACUAGACCAGAUAUUGCUUAUGGUGUAAGCGUUGUGAGCCGAUAUAUGCAUGAUCCUCGGUCUGGUCAUUUAGAUGUAGUGCAUAGAAUCCUUAGAUAUUUGAAGGGUUGUCCUGGUAAAGGAAUUAUGUUUGGAAAUCAUGGGCACUUGAAAGUUGAAGGCUUUGUUGAUGCUGAUUGGGCUGGGUGUGUUGAUGAUAGAAGGUCUACCUCAGGUCAAUGUAUGUUUGUUGGAGGUAAUCUGGUUAGCUGGAGAAGUAAAAAGCAGAGUGUGGUGGCUCGAUCAACAGCAGAGGCAGAAUUCAGAUCCAUGGCAUCUGGUUUGUGUGAACUAAUAUGGUUGAAACUUCAUUGUGAUAAUCAAGCUGCCAUCAACCUUGUGCAUAAUCCGGUCCAUCAUGACAGAACCAAGCACAUUGGAAUAGAUCGACAUUUCAUAAAAGAGAAGGUUGAUGAAGGUGCCCUAGUAAUCAGCUUUGUUAAAUCUCAUGAACAACUUGCUGAUGUAUUAACGAAAGGAGUUAGUGUGGUGUCUUUUAUAACCCUGUGUAACAAGAUGGGGCUAAUCGACAUAUUUGCCCCAUCUUGAGGGGGAGUGUUGAGGAGGUGAUUAGUAAUGCUAGUUAAUUAGGAAACAAUAGAAGGGCUGUUAUGUAAAAUGGUGUCGCCUGUAGUUGUAUAUGUACAGAGAAAGGGGAAAUAAAAAAAAGGGGAGAAGCUUCUUGGCUGUGUGAGCUGCAACCUGAGUUCCCCUCUUCUUGAAUCCAAAUCCAUCCACUAAUUGUUGUGAUUUGAGUGUAUGAGAGUAUGGAUUUCAACAGCAACCAUGUCGGUGGAGGCAACAGGUGGAGCAGCAUCACGGCGGAGAGAAGUAGACGUCGCUGGCCGGCGAGGACACCGCCACCGCGGCGGUCGUUGUGGAUGCGGCGGCACAUGUCUGCCUCCGCCUCUGCCUUGGAGGCGCGCAAACCGACUGAGCUCAACAAUCCCGUCUUUUCCCCACUGCUGUUUUAGGCGUGCUUGCAUUGAUUACUCGCAGUUAAUUAGGGCAGUUCAAGAUUAUGAACAAGAUACGGUUUCACUCCAGAAUUUUCCGGGAAUAAGUAUCCUAAGUACAGGGAGAGAUGCAAUCAUGCAAAGGGCAUCCCGAAGCAAAACGAGAGACUUUGAGGUAGUCACACACAUGCACGUAGGAUACAAACCAAAGACCAGAUCUGAAAUCUGGGAAGCGACAGUUUGGUUGCCGCAGAAAUCUUGAAAAAAAAAAGUCCGUAUUUGCUUGAGAAACUAGAAGGGAUCUGGGAGGAUGAAAGAAGCAUGGAUCAAAACAGCUUGUAGGCAGGAGAUGGAUGGAUGGGAAGAGAACGAACCUG